GUAACACUUCUUUACCAGGGUCCUCUACUCGGCUCACCAUCUCGUCAACUCGCUCGACCAUUCGAUCCGUUCCGAGGAUUUGGAGGUCUUUUCAGUGCGAUGGUUACUAUGAGCGACCCUCGUUCCCAUGUUUACUCGCAGUCAACUAUGGUGUCUUUCGGUAGUGACGGUCAACCGAGAGUGGUUGAAAAUUCGCUACGAAAAAGUGGCGAUGUCAAGGAAACACGAAGAAGGGUUCGUGAUGGUGCGAGGGAGGAAUUGGCUAUUGGUCAUACAAUUGGUGAUCGGACUCAUAUCAUUGAGAAGAAACGAGAUAAAGAUGGCAAAGUCCGUCGCCAGCAGCGAUUUGUAAACCUUGAUGAGGGUAGGUCGUUUUUGCUGAGCUUUUUUUUUGAGAGUUCAGUAAACCUGUUCGUUCUUUGUACUUCGCACCAUUCGAAUCUUCGAUUGGGGAGCAUCUUUCAGACGAAGUUUUCUCCCACUCAGCAAAGCUCUUUAAGUACAAGAAGGUUGUUCAUUGAGUGA